AUAAUUAUUUUUCACCGACAGACCGUCGCCAUUCCUCUCCACCGUCGCAUCAAUUCUUCCACCGCCCAACCUCUUCUCAUCACUCGCGUUUCUCUUGCUAAUCACCACCACCUCCACCUCAUCAUCAUCGGCAGUUGGGACUCCCCUCCGCCGCUUGUACUAUUCCCUUUUCACUCUCACACUCACUCACGCCUCUCUCAGCCUCCAUCCCUUGAAAAACAACCAACCAAGUGAAGUCAGAAUACCCCACAAGGCCACAACCACCACCAUGUCCCUUCUCUUCUCAUUACUAGCUUUCUCCUGCUAUUCACCACCACCAAGAUGCCUCCGUUAUGCGUUUCCAGUUCCACGACUGCUUAGUCAAUGUAAACACAAGACUAUAAAGACUCUGUUUUUUUCCUCUGUAAACUGAGAUUUGAAAUUAAUUGAUCUAUGUUUUUCUUUUUCUUGAAUAGGGAUGCGAUGAUUCAAUGAGGAUGGAUGACACAGACAACAUGCUUGGGGAAAAGCUCUCCCUCUCCAACAUCGAUUCCCUUCGAAUCAUCCUCUGUUUUUUUGUGUACUCUGUUUUCGUUCCAUUCGCUGAAUCAGACGGGUGGGCCCAACUGUGAAGUGAAGUGUUGUGUGCUUUGGUUUGGGAUCGAGAUUCUGGACAUUGGGGCUCAGAACGAGGUCAAUGCUUAUAUGGUUUGGGGUUUUGCUUCUUAGGAGCUGUGGUGGAGUUCUGAGAUUUGAAACAAAAGGGAUGAUAACAAGGAAAGGAAGGUCGCGUGGGAAGGAGAAGAAGAGUUUGGUAAUGGCUUCUUCGAUGCAAAUGCAGCCUCUUGUAACAAUCUACUCUUUGUUUAUUUAUUGGCCCCGAUUACAACCUCUUUGCUGAAUUAAAUAGUUAAUCCAAAAACCACUACUCCUAAAAAAUAAGCUAAUAAAGACAAUCCCUCUAACAAUGCAAUUCCCAAAUAUCCGCUCACUAACAGCACGCAACAUGAAGCUGGGCCGGCUGUACAGCCUGAUGGCGAGCCAAGCAGACGCCGACGCCAUCAUGUUGAGCCCUCGGGCCCUCAUGGCCCUCUCAAGCUCCCACUCCAUCGGCAAAGGCCGAUGCUUUUCUAUCCAGUUUCACCACUGCGAUGGUAUGAUGAAGGAAGUUAGCGACGGAGACGAUGAGGAUGAUGGACGGGCUCAUGGGACGGUGGAGAGGAACGACGACGGUCUAGCGGUAAAAAAUAAUAAUUAAAGGAAUUUGGAUUUUUUUAAUAAUUAGGUGGAAGAUAAAAAAUAAUUAUAUUUUAUUAUUUUUUAAUUGCCACGUCACUCAUUUAACGGUCAAUUAUUAAGAGUUGACCGACACAUCAGCAAAAGUUAACGGAGACUAACGGUUAGUGACCAAACUUGAACUGUUAAUCUAAUUUAAGUGACUGCGGAUUGAAUAAAUUAAUUUGAGUGGCAAACAUGAAUUUUUGAAGUAAUUCUAGUGACCGAACUUACAAUUUAGCCGAAAUUACCCCCUCCAAUGCUCUCCCCAACUUCUGUUACUUAACAUCCAAAUAAGUGCAUUUUUAUUGUGAUCCCCCAUUACCAUCCAAAAUACGCACCCCUCCAUUUCCCCCUCCUCCUAAACAGAGUGUGAGUAAACAAGAAACAAAGGACAAGUCAAGGAGAUGAAAUUGCUGUGCGGGGGGAAUCUUUAAAGCUUAAAUUGAUGAUAGGAAAACAGAUUCGAGGAGGUGGUUGAUAGGGCAAAAGCGUAAUGCCUUAAUCCUAUCUCGUAGUAAUCCGGAAAUUCCGGGUAUCGUCUCUCAGGGACUGGUACAACCUUAUGAUCUACCGAUUCUAUGGAGCAAACUAUAGGUGAAAAAUGGUUUGGUUGAUGAGAUUAUUAACUAAUAGCAAAAUAAUUAAACUAAUAAAGCAAAGUAAACUUGUCGGGAGAAAUUCAAUGGGAGAAAGUUCUGGGAGAAACACCGGGAUUCACUACCUAUCCUAUCUAGAUCAAUUCACAUAUUCUAAUCAAUUUAAUCCAACUCUCUGCAGCCAGGAUAUCACGAAUGUGCUAGCUAUCCCUGUCGGGAAUUACUACGUUCUAAACAAUUAAUUCAAAUCCUACUGUCGUAGCUCAAUGAAUUAACUAUUUAGCCCGAAGAACGAUAUCCUAUUUAAGACUGCAUAGUACCUUAUUUAAUCCACUCUCGCUUCGAUAAGUUACUAUGUCACAUGAAAUAGGUUCAGUUAUUAGGGUUUCACUGUCGCUAAUAAUCUAAUUAACUACAAAUCAAUGUAUUGGUGGCCAGUCAACACAAAGCAUUAAGUAAUCCCAUGCGAUAGAGAUUGGAAGAAAAGAAAUACGAAUUAAUCCAUCAAGUCAAGAAAUAGCUACAUCCUAUGGUGUUUCCCCCAGAAAUCGGGGUUUAGUUCAUGACGAAACUAAGAUAAAACAAUAUGGUUUUGAUCAUCAUGUUCUAAAUCAACAAUAAACAACUAGUUCGGUCUAGAAAAUCUAACCAAAUUAAUCGCUCUCGUUGAAUUCAGCUCAAACCGCCUUGGGAGAAGUGAUUCGCCAAGUCGCCGCUGCUCCUCGUCCAACAUCUUCGCUGCGCCCUGCUGCUUUUCUCCCCAAAAGAAUUCGCCCCAAAAGAAAAUCCGUCCCAAAAUUCCUUCCCCCCAGCCUCGUGUUUCCUUUCCCCUUAAAAGUCUCUGGCCCAAAAAAAUUCCCCUCGUCCCUUCUUUCCUCCAAAAGAGAAUCCCCCGGUCCAAAAUUAGUUCCCUUUCAAUAAUAGUCCCCUCCAAUUCAUUCCCUCUGCCCAAGUUUCCGCUGCCAAAAACCAAUCCCGCUGGGCCUUGAGCCCAAUUACAUGUCCCAAUUAAUUCCUCCCACCAAAAACAAUCCAACAUCCUCCUAGCCAAGUGAGUAUUCUACCAGUGAUUCGAGCCCGAUUUAUUGCAUGUGCACUCGCUUCUUUUUCGUGCUUUCUCUACUUGUAACAAAUCAAACUCAUGGCACUAGGCAGUAAUGGGUUUUCAACCAUUCCCGGGUUAGCGAGCCCUAAAAUAGCACCAAUUGACUUAAAUAUAUCAUGGGAUAGUGACAUAAAGUUCAAGAAUCCGAUAUAUUAAAGCCGAUUAUCAGUGGUUAUCCACAGAGAAUUAAGAUCAAGAUAUGAA